GACGGCUUACUUACGAAUGGGAAAUGACCAAAUGUAUGAUCCACCCAGCCAUCGAGCUGAACGAAAGGAUCAAGCGAUACAGAGAGGACCUCGACGUGGCCAACAAGAAGAGGAAUGCGAUCGCAGAAAACGUCAUAGAAUGGAAAGAUCAUCUGGAGAAGUCCGACGUGGAUGCCGCCAAGAUCAAGGCGUUGAUCACGGAGGCAAAAAAGCAGCGAGGUCAGAAAGCACAACGUUGCCAAGCGGACGAGGGACAGCAUGUGACAAUGUUGAUCGAGGAAUUGAACAAGCGUCUGGACAUGCAGCAGGAAGAGUACGUCCAGCACCAGCGCCACCUCCAAUUCUUCCACGGCGAGUGCAACGCCAACACCCGAAAGGACGAGCAGCGCACUCAAAAGGACAAAGAAAAUAUCAAGGCCAUGAAGCAUGAGCACAGGGAGCUGAAGACGGAGAUGGCCGCGAAGAAUCUCGACAUCACGAAAAGGGCCUCCAAGCAACGGGAGGGGCACUUCGAACGGCAGUGCAUGAAGCUGAACACGAAG